AUGACAUCAGAGUUCGAUUUGAAGGUUUUAAAUAAGUUUCUGGAUUCGUUCCAAAUGAAAUGUCCAGAGAAUGAAAGUUUAAUUGAGAAAUGUAAGUUGAUCAUAAUUAGAGUAUUCUAAAAAGAAAUUGUUUUUUUCUAGUAGAAGGACUAUGUAAGAUAUACAAAAAAUCAAUGGAAGAAAUUUCCGACGAUAUUAUUUCAAUUAUGGAAAACAGCAAAAAGGCGACAGUCGACUCCAAUGUCCUUUCCCAGCUGGAAGAAGUGUUGGAAAAAGAAGCUCAGAAGAUUGCGCACACGCCCAAAUCCACGAAGAGGCCUGCGUAAGCUGUUCAAAACGACUGUGAAAUAAAACAUUCAACUUGCUUUAGACGUGUUCCUCUUUCCGAAAGAAGUGGUUUCACACUCAGUGGAGCCCCGGAUGACGAGAGGACCGGCCAACUGAGUCUGUCGUCGUCGGCAGUGUCGAAACUCGAAGGACACUUUCUCGAGUUUUCGCCCUUCUUGUAAGGAUUGAUUUCAAAUUUAUAUCAAAAUGGUUCUUGUUCUAGGUCAUCUCCAGCGAAUAUGAAAUUCUUGAAACGAGUGGAAAAGGGCGGUGUGUACAGUACAUCUCGUGGAAAGAAAUACACUGAGAAAGGGCUUAAACCAACGUCAAAAACGGAAGAAAAAGUGGCCGUUAUUUCGAAAGAUCCUAAACUUUUGUACGGAGGAGAGAAAUCGUCAAUGGUCAUUCAAGGUGAGUAAAACAGUUCUCGAGCGAAAAAAUCAACGUUGCCAUUUCAGCAAAGUCCAAAAGGAUGGGAGACUUUGCUCAACUUCUCCAGAAUACCUUCGAAGAGAUUGUCGAUUGGGGAAAUCCACUGAUUCCAUCAGUGGAUGCAGUCUUCACUUACGGACAGAUUGUUCACGACGAGUCAAAGGACAACAAAUUCGGAGAGCAUUCCGUUGCGCUCAUGAUCAGUAAUCUAAAUGUUAUAAGAAUUCAAAAUAAAUACUUCGCUUUCAGACGACGAGGACGGCACGUUGGUCCAUCUUAACGUGAGCAAAAUGACUGCCGAGUUCACAUUUUUCCCUGGUCAAAUCGUUGCCGUCCGAGGUUUCAAUGAGACUGGAGACGAGCUGUGGGUCGAUCAAGUAUUCACACCACCCGCACUUCCUGUUUCUAAAAUUGGAAAUGACACGACAAGUAUGUCGUAACAUCGUCGAUUCAGGUUAAGAACAACUUUCAGAGGAAAUCUGGUUCGCAUCGGGUCCGUUCACUGCAAUGGACAACUGUGGAUACGAGCAUUUGUGCGAACUCCUCGACAAGGUCGUCUUGGAGAAGCCGGAUAUUCUCAUCUUGGCGGGUCCGUUCAUUGAUCGCAGAAACACUUUCUUGAGCAGUGCGGCAUUCACAAACACUUACGAUAACCUACUCGAAGACUUGCUUAUGAAAAUCAAACAAAAACUUCAGGAGUAAGCUAUUUCUGGCGCUCCCAGUCAUAUAAUGCCGUUUUUUUCAGAACGAAAACAGAAGUGAUCAUCCAACCGUCCGCUGCUCGUGAUCUCUGUGUUCCGCCCGUCUUUCCCACUGCUCCAUUCAUCCUCAAUCGGAAGAAGAUUGACAGUAUCAGGAAAGAUAUUAUUUAUGCGCCUGAUCCGUGUGUCCUCCGGAUCGGACGGUCUGGUCUCGAGAUAGCAGUGACGAGCAGCGAACCGGUUCAAGCACUGAGCAGCAUAGAAUUCCACCGAUCAGCCGAUCAGGAGAACAACGACAGAAUGGCCCGAUUGAACAGUCAUUUGCUGACGCAACAGUCGUUGUACCCACUGGAGCCGGCAGAACUGCCCACGUCGUUGGAAGAUCUUCUCGAAGUGGGAACGCUAUCGGCCAGUCCUCACAUUCUAUUCGUUCCGUCUCGAUUGGCUCCGUACGCGAAAGUAGUCGGACAAAGUCUCUUCGUGAAUUCGUCGACGCUGGCCAAAGGACACACUGGAAGUUAUGUGAAGAUGUCGAUUAACAUGCACGCAGGAGAGCUCAGCAACCAAGAAUCCGUCGCGGAUUAUUCCGAGAUUCAAAUUAUGCGCAUUUAA